CGGGAGCCAGACAGGCACGCGCACGGGCAACAGACGCGGGACGAGGGGCGGGCAGGAAAAAGGGAACAGGGUGGGGACGGGUUCUAGGUGCGUCCCGCACCCCCGCAGGCCCAGAGCGAUGGCGACCCCAGUCACUCCAGGAUCCCCGGCACUCACCCCAGUGGGUGCCCUCUCCCGGGGAGGGCCCCAGUGCCUUCCGGACCCACCGCCGGAGCCCAAGCAGCUGCCGGAGCUGAUCCGCCAGAAGCGGGACGGAGGCCGGCUGAGCGCGGAGGACAUCAGGAGUUUCGUGCGUGCCGUGGUGGACGGCAGCGCCCAGGGCGCACAAAUAGGGGCCAUGCUCAUGGCCAUCCGACUGCAAGGCAUGGACCUGGAGGAGACUGUGGCACUGACCCAGGCCCUAGCCAACUCUGGGCAGCAGCUGGAGUGGCCAGAGACCUGGCGCCAGCAGCUCGUGGACAAACAUUCCACAGGGGGAGUGGGUGACAAAGUCAGCCUGGUCCUGGCACCUGCCCUGGCUGCCUGUGGCUGCAAGGUACCCAUGAUCAGUGGACAUGGUUUGGGACACACAGGGGGCACCUUGGAUAAACUGGAGUCUAUUCCUGGAUUCACCGUUAUCCAGAGCCCAGAACAGAUGCAAGGUCUUCUGGAGAGAGUGGGCUGCUGUAUUGUGGGUCAGAGCAAGAAGCUGGUUCCUGCAGAUGGAAUCCUGUAUGAAGCCAGAGACGUGACAGCAACUGUUGACAGCCUGCCACUCAUCACAGCCUCCAUCCUCAGUAAGAAGGUGGUGGAGAGCCUGUCUGCUUUGGUGGUGGACGUGAAGUUCGGAGGGGCAGCUGUCUUCCCUAGCCAGGCAGAGGCCCGGGAGCUGGCAAGAGCACUGGUUGCUGUAGGGACAGGCCUGGGGCUUCGGGUUGCAGCCGCCCUGACUGCUAUGGACCACCCCCUGGGCCGCUGCGUGGGCCACACCCUGGAGGUGGAGGAGGCGCUGCUUUGCUUAGACGGCGCGGGGCCACCGGACCUGCGGGACCUGGUCACUAGGCUCGGGGGCGCCCUGCUCUGGCUCAACGGACAGGUGGAGGCCCAGGCCGAGGGCGCAGCCCGGGUGGCCGCAGCGCUGGACGACGGCUCAGCCCGGGACCGCUUCGAGCGAAUGCUCGCGACGCAGGGUGUGGACCCGGGCCUGGCCCGAGCCCUGUGCUCCGGGGACCCCGCGCAGCGCCGGCAGCUGCUGUGGCUCCGGGUGCAUCUGGACGCGCCUGCGCUCAGCGGCCCGCAGCGCCGUGCCCUGCAGGGGGCGCUCGUGCUCUCGGACCGCGAGCCCUUCAGCGCCCCCUCGCCCUUCGCCGAGCUCAUCUUGCCGCCGACGGACGCGCAGCAAUAAAGCUCGAGAGCCGCAAAGCC